UCAGAGUUUUAUUUCUCAGGAAAGUGACAAAGAGCGGGGAUUGUUUUAAUUUUUUUUUUCCACCCUUUAAAAGUUGAUCGAGAAAAUGAACCUUUAUUGCCAAAAGACAUAUCAUUUUACUUUCUGCUUCACAUAAAAAGAGCAAAACGACUUCUAACUCUAUCGUCAGAAAGUAGUUAGUCCAUACCUAUUUCAUAUUUCCCCCUUCAACACACUUGAAAAUCACAAGGUUAUGGGACUUGUUCCAACGGCAGCUGGUCACAGACUGCAACAUGACGAAAGUAGAUUGGAAUCAAAUGGAUCGGUGACCAUUCUCGAAAAUGAACAUGCAAGAAAUGCCGAUGAACUUCUUUUGGAAUCCCUUGGUUACAAGCAGGAAAUGAAACGAGACAUUUCGCUUGUCAGUACUUUUGCCAUUGCUUUUGGUUGCUGCUCCAUUCUUUCGGGUUUAACUCCUCUGUGGGGUUCAGCAAUGAUGUCAGGCGGCUCCGUAGCCGUCAUUUGGGGUUGGAUGGCUGUCUCGGUCUUGACCUUUUUGGUUGGACUCUCGCUGGCCGAGAUCUGUUCCGCCUAUCCCGUCACUGGAGGUCUAUACAUUUGGGUAUCCCGCCUUGCUCCCAAGGAAUGGGUCCCAUUGGCCUGCUGGUUGACCGGUUGGUUCAACUGGCUAGGUUUGACCGUCGCCAUCACUUCGGCUGAUCUAGGUAUCUCGCAAUACAUUGCCUCCAUCAUUGCCAUCAAUAACCCCGACUACAAUGCCAGCAUCUAUUGGCAAUAUGGUAUUUUCUUGGUGAUUCUUUUCGCCCACGGUAUGAUCAACUCCAUGCACAUUAAAUACAACGGCAUUUUCAACCAAGUCUCUCUAUGGUGGCACAUUAUUGGCACCUUGCUCAUCAUUAUUGUUGCUUUGGCUUUAACUCCCAAUAAGCCUUCCGCCAAAUGGGUUUUCACCUAUUUCGAAAACGAUACCGGCUUUCCUGAUGGCUAUGCCUUUUUGAUCGGCCUUCUUCAAAGUCAAUAUACCCUUUCUGGAUACGAUUCGGCUGCCCACAUGUCUGAAGAGACACGAGGUGCUUCUAAGGGCGCCCCAUACGGUAUCCUUCUCUCUAUUGGUACCGCCAGUGUGGUGGGCCUUGCCUUCUUGCUCUCGGUCAACUUUUGUGUCCAAGAUUUUCAAGCUCAAAUCGUGAAUGCUUCCAUCACUCCUGAGAUGACUCAAGUUUUCCUGGAUGGUGUUGGUUACAAUUGGACUAUCGUCUUUGUCACUAUCAUCAUGGGUGCUAUGUUCUUCUCCGGUUCCGCAUUGACCCUUGGCAGCUCUCGUAUGGUCUUUGCCUUUUCUCGUGAUGGUGCCAUGCCCUUCAGCAAGUAUCUAUAUCGCCUUAACCCCUGGACACUUGCACCCGUCUAUGCGGUUUGGGGAAAUAUUCUUUUUGCCGCCAUUGUCGGACUCUUGUUCAUCAUCAAUGACACUGCUUUCAGUGCCAUUGUCUCCGUCAACACCAUUGCUUCUUCUCUCGCCUACCUCAUACCCAUUACCCUCAAAGUCACGGUUGCGCGCAAGAAGUUCGAGCGUGGUCCCUUCCAUCUCGGUCCCUUUUCCACUGUCAUCAACGUUAUCAGUAUUGCCUGGAUCCUUUUGACCUCUGCCCUCUUCAUCUGCCCCACUGAAGCCCCCGUCACAGCUUUCAACAUGAACUAUGCCAUUGUUGUAUUGGCCUUCGUCGUUCUCCUCUCCGUCUCUUAUUAUCAUUUCCGGGCUCGUCGCUGGUUCAAUGGACCCAAGCAAAUUUCCAUUGAAGAGCAAGAGCGAGAACAACAGCUUGCCGCUCUCGGUCAAGAUGAAAAGUUGAAAAACCUUCAUUCUCAUCUUCACGAUCACGGUGAAGCCUCAGACAUGACCACUCCAGACUCAGCUUCCGGCGACCUCAAGUACAAUGGUGCACGAGUUGAGCAGGUUGAUAGAUCUUAGAUUCGAGGUUUUCGUCUUAACGAUACCUACUUCCCUACAGUAUUAUUUCUUCUCCUGGUGUAAAUAUCCGUCCUAUUUUCUGAUUACCUAUUAAAAAAAUCUGGAGAC